GAAAAACAAAGAAUCAUAUUUUCUAAAUCACGCGGUUAAAAAUAUUCAAUCGUUGAAAGGUUGGUAACACUGUAAUACACCAGACACACCAAUCACUAAACUUGUUGAGGUUAAACGACACGCAAUAUUGAACAACACGAUUUAAUUAAUAACGUAUAUACUUAAAUAAUAAACUACCACAAAUGUCCGAAGAUACUUUAUCCUUAACUUAUCUUAAUGUGGAAUAAAUUAAUACGAAACGUUAUUAUUAUUAGAAAAAUGUCGAAACAAGGAGGCAAGAAAUCUAAAAAAACUCAGAACGUCGUUGUUGAUGUAAAUAAUACGAUAACCGGUCCUGUAACUGUUAGCAAAGACGGAAGUAUAUUAAUUAAAAUUCAAGCUAAACCUGGUGCUAAAAAUAACGGUAUAACAGAUAUUUCAGAAGAAGCUGUAGGUGUUGCAAUAUCUGCGCCUCCUGUACAAGGCGAAGCAAAUACUGAACUCGUGAAAUAUUUAGCAUCCGUAUUAGGUUUAAAAAAAUCAGAUGUAUCAUUAGAUCGAGGAUCGAAAGGUAGACAAAAAGUGAUCACUGCGACUGGAAUUACAGUGGAUCAAGCAUUGGAAAGAUUUAGAAAAGAAAUAGGUAAUUAAAUAAACAUCAUGUGAUAUUAACAUUUUCAUUAUAUUAUUCUUCUUUCAUCAUUCCUAUUCUUUUUAUAACUCGUAUCUGCUGUACAUACAAUAUACGACAAUCUAAAAAUAUCUUAAUCUUUUUUUAUUUUAUUUUAAAAUGGACGGAUUUUGAUAUAUCUCAUAUAACAUAUA